CCUCUCCUCUGCUAUCUUCUUUGCUUUGCUUUGCUUCUUCUUCAGUUUUCUUCUAAUCUUUUCUGCUUACUAUAAAAAAAAACCGUUUUCCAUUUCUGUUCAUACCGAUCUCCUCAUUGCCGGAAACUAUGAGUUCUCCGACUGGUCUCUGGUGAACUCUUUUUUUCAUGCGUGAUCGUUGCUUUCAGAGUUCUCAUCCUCCAUGGCUACCUCUCAAGGUUUUGGCGCCUACGGGUUCGUUUUGUAGUAAAUAGUUAUCAUCGGGUUUUGUGGAGUUCAAAGACGGCUUUGCUAUUUGUAGUAUUGGAUGUCAAAAGAAAUGAAAGGAGGUUUGUGUUUUAUCCAUUGCUCGUUAGAGAGGAUUUGAAGCAGCGCUACGGCUGCCCAGGCCCUGUCAAUGGACACCUACUCCUCUGGAGAAGAACUCGUUAUUAAGACUAGGAAGCCUUAUACUAUUACAAAACAACGUGAAAGAUGGACCGAGGAGGAGCAUAAUAGGUUUCUAGAGGCCUUGAAGCUCUAUGGACGAGCUUGGCAACGCAUUGAAGAACACAUAGGAACAAAGACUGCUGUGCAGAUCAGGAGUCAUGCUCAAAAGUUCUUUUCAAAGUUGGAGAAGGAGGCACACGCAAAAGGCGUUCCAAUAGGUCAAGCUCUUGACAUAGAAAUUCCACCUCCACGCCCCAAAAGAAAACCAAGCAACCCUUAUCCUCGAAAGACGGGCGCUGCUACAACAGCACAGGUUGGAGCAAAGGAUGGAAAAUCUGAAACACCAUUAUGUUCUUUGCGUUGCAAACAAGUAUUGGACUUGGAGAAAGAACCACUUCCAGAGAGACCUAAUGGAGAUGAAAAGCCUAUAAGUCUGAAAGACAUUCAAGAUGAUAGUUGCUCUGAGGUUUUUACCCUUCUCCAUGAAGCAAACUGCUCUUCUGUGUCUUCCGUGAACAAGAAUUCUAUACCAACAUCAGCAGCACUCAGAAACUCUUGCACUUUUAGGGAGUUUGUACCUUCACUAAAAGAGACAAUUCAGGAUAAUGGUACAAGCAAGGCUUCAAACUUGGAUAAUUCUUGCACUUCACAUGAGAAAUCAGCUCAAGCCCAGAAAAAAGAUGAUGUGGAUGGUGGGUUACAUGCAGAUGAGAUGCAAGCCACUCAAAAUUAUCCUAGGCAUGUUGCUGUGCAUGUCUUAGAUGGAAGCCUGGGAACAUGUGCUCAAAAUCCUUCCCUGGAUAUGCCAUUUCAGGAUUCUGUAUUUCACCCUACGGGAGAUGUUCAUGGACAACCUAACCUGUUUGCAAAUCCAGCUGCAUCUGCUACUACUGAACAUCAGAAUAAUGCACCAAGAUCUACUCAUCAGGCAUUUCCGACUUUUCAUCCUCCCUUUACACAUGUUUGCCCCAAUCCAGAGGACUAUCGGUCAUUUCUACAUGUCUCCUCCACUUUUUCCAGUCUCAUUGCAUCUACUUUGUUACAGAAUCCAGCAGCUCAUGCUGCAGCAAGCUUUGCAGCUACAUUUUGGCCAUAUGCAAAUGUUGAAAAUUCUGCUGAUUCUCCUGCAUGCAGCCAAGGAGGUUUUCCAUCUAGACAAAUGAACCCUGCUCCAAGUAUGGCUGCUAUUGCUGCUGCAACUGUAGCAGCUGCCACUGCAUGGUGGGCUGCCCAUGGACUGCUUCCUUUAUGUGCGCCUCUGCACACUGGCUUUACCUGUGCUCUUGCAUCCACUGCUGCAGUUCCUCCAAUGGAUAAUGGGCAAGCUCCGGCUGCAAGGACAGAAAGAAAAGAUAAUAAUGAUCAAGAUCUAUCCAUGCAGGAUCAACAGCUGGACCCUGAAUGCUCUGAAGCUUUGCAAGGUCAACAUUCAACAUCUAAAUCACCUACUUCAUCAUCAUCAGACUCUGAAGCGUGUGGAGAUGCAAAAGUAAAUUCUGGAGUGACAGCCGAUGAUGAGAAAGCAGCAGCAUUAACUGAGCCUCAGGAUGCAAAUAAAACAAACAGAAAACAAGUUGAUCGGUCCUCGUGUGGUUCCAAUACACCUUCAAGUAGUGAGGUGGAGACCGAUGCGUUAGAAAAACAUGAGAAAGACAAGGAAGAUGCAAAAGGAGCUGGCAAUCAUCCACAAGUUGACUGCUGUAAUCGUCGUGGUAGAAGCAGUAGCAACCUGAGUGAUUCUUGGAAGGAAGUAUCUCAAGGGGGGCGACUGGCUUUUCAAGCCCUCUUCUCCCGGGAGGUACUGCCACAAAGCUUUUCUCCUCCACACGACGGUAAGAACAAGGGGCAGCAAAAGGACAAUGUAGAGGAUGACAAACAAAAUUCAGAUGAGAAAGACGGAGCUACAUCAGCUUUAGACCUUAACAGCCAGACAGUGGGAUCUUGUUCUGACCGUCAAGGGGUUGAGAAAAAUGGUUUGUCAAGAGGUGGGGACAUUGUGGAAGAGGGCCUGCGGACAAUUGGACUAGAAAAUGCAAAGCUUAAGGCCCGCCGAACAGGAUUUAAACCGUACAAAAGGUGUUCUGUGGAAGCCAAGGAAAACAGAGUGAUGAACGCCGGCAGUCAAGGUGAAGAGAAAGGUCCCAAGAGGAUACGCUUGGAGGGGGGAGCUUCAACUUGACUUACGCUAUUGCAUGCAAUUAACCAAGGAAAAAUCUGUUGUUGCGUGUAAUGUCUAAUUUUCCCCCCUUUAUCUUAUUUCCUUUCAUGUGUUAAUUUUAAGACUAGCAGCUCACGAGACUUUUCGUGUAGGUGUGUGUACUAUAUGUCUACAUUGACUUAUUUACUUUCCUGGACCAUGCACAACUGCAGUUAAAACUACUUUGAAAUAGACUUAGAUAAGAAGCAUUAAGUACUGAAUGGCUCUUGAUUUGGCCUCUUUUCUCCAAA